AUGUCAGCAGCGCAAGUGGACAACUUCUUGAGAAGUUGCGGGAAUGAGGUGGAAGAAGGAAAAGACCUCAACAGCCCAAAUCCAAGAAGCAGAUCUUUAAGGGUGAUGCAGUGUUUUAAAGCCUGCUAUAGAACAAAGAUGACCUACAUUGAACACACAGAAACAGCCCUCCACAGCCUCUGCCGGGGCUUUCCAGGUCUGACCUCCGUGCAGUGCCUGUGGUGCGCUCUGCUGCCACCCAGUGGAUAUACUGAGAAAGGUCAGGAAGAUGAGAUCUACCUGGCAAUAUCUCCCUCCCAGGCCACUUCCCCCACUGGCUCCCAUCCUCACUACCUCCCCCAGGGUUGCAAGCAUGCGCCCAGGAAGGGUCUGUCCCAAUUGGCCUUGCCCUAUCACCACAGCAUCCCUACUUGGCUGAAGCUGACAUCUGACGAUGUGAAGGAGCAGAUUUACAAACUGGCCAAGAAGAGCCUGACUCCUUCACAAAUCGGUGUGAUCCUGAGAGAUUCACACGGUGCUGCACAAGUACGUUUUGUAACAGGCAAUAACAUCUUACGAAUUCUUAAGUCUAAGGGACUUGCUCCUGAUCUCCCUGAAGAUCUCUACCAUUUAAUUAAGAAAGCAGUCGCUGUUCAAAAGCAUCUUGAGAGGAGCAGAAAGGAUAAGGCUGCUAAAUUCCGUCUGAUUCUAGAGAGCUGGAUUCACCGUCUGGCUCGAUACUAUAAAACCAAGCGAAUCCUCCCUCCCAGCUGGAAAUACGAACCAUCUACAGUUUGUGCCCUGGUUGUAUAA